CUCUCGCGAGAUGAGAUUUCCGAUGUCUGGGUUCGCUGUCCAGAAGGAGUCAAGGAGCUAGACGCUAACAGCGCUGCGGGACUUUUAAACCGCGAUACAGGAUUGUGGGCUGUUUUGAGAAAAGCGGGACUGACCCGGGAAAAGCUGGACUUUUUGGCGGAAAUGGCUGCUUGACUGUAAUACCUUCAAACUUUUGCAUGGUCUACUCUUUGCCAUAAUAUUCAUUUCAUGUUUAUUGCUAUGGGAGACCGGAGAACCAUCAGUUUGCCAGAAUCAGAUAAGGUUUUACAACAGUACAGUUCUGAGCGUGUUUCUCCACCAAGUCUUCUACAAUCCCCUUCUCUUUCUGUAGCCAAUAACCUGUCUGACAGCGUUUAUACUUUCUGCACCGAAGACAACCUAGAGCAGUGCAUUACAUACAUUGAUCAGGAGCUUAGAACCUUAGGCUUUCCAACAGUGCAAGUUGUAUCCAAGAAUGGAGAAGGAAGAAAAUUGCAUUUGGUGUCUAUCAUCAACUGUAUUCAUGAGCUACUUCAAAGAAAUUCCCAAAAUAUGCGAGGCAAAGAAGAAGUAGAAACACAGAUUCUGAAAAUAAAUGGUGACCUGGAGCAUCUACAGAGUAUUCAUCAGAGGCAGAAGGACCAGCUGGAAGCCACAAGGCGAGAAAACUGUGCUCACCAGGAGAGGGAUCGUCAGAUGCAGUGCAAAAAUCGUAACCUUCUCCAGCUGCUUAAGAAUGAAAAGGAGGAGGUGCAAAAGCUACAGAAUAUAAUUGCAAGUCGUUCCACACAAUUUAACCAUAGUGUCAAGAGAAAAGAGCGAGAGUACAACAAACUGAAGGAGCGGCUGUAUCAGCUUGUGAUGGACAAAAGAGACAAAAAAAUUUCAAUUGAUGUGCUGAAUUAUGUUGGCAGAGCAGAUGGAAAGAGGACAUCUUGGAGAACAGGCAAGACUGAUGCAAAAAAUGAAGAAGAAAUGUACAGAGUUCUUUUAAAUGACUAUGAGCAACGUCAGAAGCAGCUAAUGGUAGAAAAUGCAGAGCUGAAGAAAGUCUUGCAGCAAAUGAAGAAAGAAAUGAUUUCCAUCCUUUCCCAACGUAAAACAAAAGAAAAACUAGAUGAUAGUAUUGGCACAGUUGCUUCAGACAUUGAAGAGGAGGUAGCUGAUACCAGUAAAGAGAACCUGUCUGAGUUAUCCUGUGAGGCAGUGCGUGAACAACUAGUUAGUAGCAUCCGCCAACAGUGGCGUAUACUAAAAAGCCACAUGGAAAAACUUGGCAAUCAGGCAUGCCUUGUAAAUGUGACUACUCCUGAUCAAAAUGGCAUGAUAGCAAGAGUGGAUCAUGAACAAGAGCUUGAAAAACUAACACGUGAAAUACAGCAAUGUAAAGAAACCAUUAAAAGCCAACAGCAACUCCUAAAGCAGCAGCUUAGUGUACCUCGUGAUGAUGACACCUCAACACUUCUGCAGGACUGCUAUCUACUGGAAGACAAAGAGCGUCUCCAGGAAGAAUGGAAGCUUUUUAAUGAGCAGAAAAAAAACUUUGAGAAAGAAAGAAGGAAUUUCACAGAAGCUGCUAUCCGCCUUGGGCAUGAGAAAAAGGCCUUUGAAGAAGACAGAGCAGCUUGGUUAAAGCACCAGUUCCUGAACAUGACACUGUUUUCCGACCACAAGAAUUUGGAAGAAAGGAAAGCACAUGGAGUUCACUUCAGUCCUGAGCAAGACCAUUGCAGACUGCAUAGCCAUCCUCAUGAUAGAUACCUUGUAUCGUCAGGAGACCAUUCCAGACACCCAAGGAAAACACUGCCCAUUACACCUUCUUCAAAGCACAGUCUGACUCAAAGAGAAAGCAUUGCAUGGAGAGAUUCGAGCAUUAGUCCAAAUGGCAGUGACUUUGCAAAUUAAUUCCAGCUCCAGGCCGGGUCUGCAUGUCUGGGAGAAGAAAUCUUAAGCACUUGCACAGACAGGCUUAUGUCUUGGUUAUUCUUAGCUUUGUUUGCUGUAAAAUACCAAAGCAUUUCCCAUUUAGCAACUCUAUCUGAUGAUCUUCUACUAAAUUAGCAGCAGUUUAUAUGGCUUUAUAUAGCAUUACAGGAUUUACCGAAUUAGCACACAAAAUGGGGACAACGCUGUCAGUGCUACUGGUCCCAGCAUUGUUACUUGUGGGUCGAGUUGUAGUGUGAAGCUUGCCUCUACCUAACAUUGUAUAUUAUGUCUUUUCUUUAAGGGCUCAAUGUAUCUGGCAUAGACCAUUAAUAUCAGAUUACACACUGAAGAUCCUUUACAGUAACAAAUGUUAUGGUUUUUUUUUACAUAAUACGCCCACAUGCUCUAUCAAACAAUAUUUCUUGUCAAAGUAGAGAUUUAAUGGCAAUUUGCAUGCUCCAUUUGUGCAGGUUCAUUAUCUAGCUUGUUCUGGAAAAGAUCAACAAAACAUUUUGCUAACUGGUCUUAUAUUGCCAAACUGACUGCCUGUCACUAUAAGCUUUUUCUUAUCCCUAAUCUUGACAUAUUGUGUUAGCUACUUUUUAUGUUGUUCCUGCAGUUCUCAAAUCUGUACCUCAAGGAGUAGUGGCCUGAGGGUGACUUUAUGCUUGUGGUUUACAUUGGUGAAUGUUUUUAGCAAUCUCUAAUUAGCACUUUAUUCAGAUUUUUAAAAUGAAUGCUGGAUUUCCAUCCAGAAAACCUAUCCAGUGAACACAAAAAUUUGCCCUUCAUGCAAUUUCAAUGCAUUGAUAUGUUUAUAUAAUGACUGGAAUUGAUGUUUAAUAUUAACGGAAGUCUCUUGUGUUCUGGCCUUUAUGUGUAAUGUAUAUAGUUUUUUUUAUUUUACAAUUUUUAGCAAGGGCAUUUUGGUGAAUGUUUAGAAUCUUUGCACUACACACACAAGUUCAACUUGAACUGUACCAAGUUCAGAACACAAAGUCCGGUAUUUCUGUGAAUCUGGCCUUAAUACCUGGUCAAUCAAGAAUCCUCUUUACUCAUCUAAACAUACUCUUAUUGGUGUUUUUAACUUUCAUUUGCUUUGUUGUAAUUGGUAAAAUCCAUACAUGCUUUGUUUUUUUAUUUCCUUGCACCCUUAGCACAGAUUUAGAUUCUAGAAUGCCCCUUAUUUUGAUUUAUAAGCAUUUUCUGCCAACUUGACCUUCACAUUAUGCUAUUUUGGCUUUUCCACUGCCUGUCAGCACUCUUCCAUAUUGGCACCGAAAUUUUCAAUUUUGACAUAACAUCAGCAGUCUGAAAAGACUAUCACUGUGCUGUAUGAUCAAAAUCAUCCAAACUGCCCUACCAAAUCUAGCCUUUUGUAAUUGGCUUGAUCGGUUUGUGAGCAAAACCGAACAAAUCUGUUUUCCCAGUAGAGCAAUUCUGCUUUUAAUUAACAGUAAGAACUUUUUCUCUCAUUUUUGCAGAAAAACACUAGUAAUUAUUUGUGUUGAUGCUUUGGUGCAAAUUGCUGGUCUUGGAGCACAAGUUAAUAAUAAUCGCUAUUUUCUUAUUUGUGCCAAAGUACCAAGACUCAGAUUAGGGAUACAGUCUGGCAUUCUGUUACUGCUUUUUUCCUGCCAAACAAUGCCAUUUAAGUAACCAGGCCCAUUUGUGGUUAGUGGAAUAAAGCCUACACAUGCUCUGUUUCAGAAAUGCACUAUUUCUUUCAUGGAAUGGAAAUAACUGAUAAUAAACAGCUGCAAGAUCCCUUCUGUAGAAAACUUUAAAUACUUGAACCGUAGGGACCCAUUUACCAUUACUUUCUAUUUUUGUUUGUUUUACUUACCGCUAUAAUCCUAUGAUUUUUUUUUUUUGUGUGAAUUGUAAUGUAAGAAAUGUAUGUAUAUAAGGUAAUGCAAUGUAGCUCUGGUGCAGUGUGAUAUGUGAGAGAAUGAAAUUGAUGCCAACCAGUGAGCAGUAGCAUGUUAAAUGGAAGUGUGCCUUUAUUUUAUGCUGCUCUAUUGCAUCUAAAAGCAGCCUUACUACCUCUGCACUGUAAGUGUAUAUUUUUUUAGAUGAUUUCACACUCUGAUUUAUACUAUUUAGAUUUGCUAAUGAAGUUCAAUUUUAUGUAGAAAAACUAUUGUUAAUAAAAUAACCUUUAAAACUG